UGUUCAUCAAGGUAAAGUGACAGUAUCUGCCACAGUUAUUGUUGCCAACUCGACUUCGAGAACACGCGGUUGGAACACUGAAGACGUAUUAUAUGCUGCGGAUUCAGACGCGAUGGCAGCGGAACAGGAGCAAAUGAAAUCCCGACCGAGUAACAAAAAUAAGCGCCACCAAUCUUUGAUCAAUGACCAUCAUCGCGACGAUACCGACUCGUCUUUGUCGCCGUCCUCGACGAUAACCUCAACAAUUUGCUCAGCGUCACGUACUAUGACGGACCGUGUCAACAUGCUCGUGCUUAGUAAGCGCAAAGCCUCCACUUUCUUCCCGCGACAGGCGACACGAUGUCGACCUCUACGAUGCCUAGGGUAGACGAGUCGUCACAUAUGCUGCCACCGACAUCGAGGUUGACGUCGUCGUCGACCGGGAAAUCGACCCUCUUGCAGACGCCUCCAGAAAGCACCAGCCGUGGAUCAAUGCUUCUGUACGACUUCCUACCUCCACCAAGACUCCGACAGAGUGCUCUCCUCAUACCCUCCAAUCGUUCCUCCACGAUAUCCCUAGAUUUAGAUUCCAAAUACCCAAUAACUGCACAUACACGCGACCACGGACUGAUUCCUUACGCCUACGAGCCUACUGAUGAUUUUGACGACGAUACAGAGGAGCCUAAGGGUACCACCAAGACCUUUCCAUGGCGUGGAAUAGGCAAUUUCACGGCGUUGUUCGUCCUCAUCGUUGGCUUGAUGAUGCUGUUCAUCUUCUACCCCGUCGAACACUUUUACUCGACUUUGUCCCGUAAUGAGGCGAUCAUUACAAACGUCCAGGUCAAUGGGAGUGGUCAGGCUCCAGUGCUGUUCCAGAUGCCCUCGCUCAUUGAUCCUGACACGCCUAGCAAUGUACGGACGCGAACAGGAUACGACGGAGAGGACUACACGCUGGUCUUUUCAGAUGAAUUUAACACAGAUGGAAGGACGUUCUAUCCUGGCGACGAUCCUUACUGGGAGGCCGUCGAUUUGUGGUAUGGGGCUACAGCGGAUCAGGAAUGGUACGAUCCCCGGCAGGUCACCACUAGAGAUGGAUCACUGGUCAUUACCAUGGAUAGCAUAUCGACACUAGUCUCUGCUCAAACACCAAAUUCCUCUGCACCUUUCACUACGCUCGAUAACCACGAUCUCAGCUACCGUAGUGGCAUGCUUCAGUCAUGGAACAAGUUCUGUUUCACGACAGGAUAUAUCGAAGUGGCGGUAGUUCUUCCAGGACCUGAUGAGAACACACAGGGCUAUUGGCCUGGCAUAUGGACGAUGGGAAACCUCGCGCGACCGGGAUAUCCUGCUACGACGGACGGAAUGUGGCCCUACACGUACGACUCGUGCGACCUAGGCACCUUUCCAAACCAAACGCUUAAAGAUGGAUCAGGUCCAGCAGCAGCAUUACACUCAGACGCCUCGAGGUCAAAGUACAACUACGAGCUGAGCUGGUUAAGCGGGCAACGGCUGAGCGCGUGUACGUGUCCUAAUAGCGAUCAUCCUGGCCCGCUUCUGUCCUCAGGGUCGUAUCGUGGACGAGGGGCACCAGAAAUUGAUAUUUUUGAGGCUGAGAAGGAUAAGUUGGCCACAACUGGUCAGGUUGUGAGUCAAAGUGCCCAGUUUGCACCGUUUACUGCAGAUUAUGUGUAUGCCAAUUCGACGGAUGCUGAAUGGAAGAUAUACGAUGAGUCACUGACACGGGCGAAUUCAUACCGUGGUUCUGCGGUUCAGCAAGCGGUGUCGGGUUUAACACAUGUUCCCAGUGAGGGAUUCCAAGGGAGUCAGAAGCAGUUCAUUGUGUAUGGCUUCGAAUAUUACUCUAACCCGAAUUCGCGUAGUGAUGGGUUUAUCACUUGGAUUACCGAUGGUAAGCCGAGCGUUCGUAUGGGUGCGAGUGCCAUGGUAGCAGACCCUACUGGAAGCGGGGUCAGUGAUAGACUGGUCACAGAGGAGCCGAUGAGUAUAAUACUCAACCUGGGCAUAAGCUCUAACUGGCAAACUAUUGAUACCUCCACGAUGAUAUUCCCGGCAGAGAUGUUGGUCGAUUACGUCCGCGUCUAUCAACGAUCGAAUGGGAUGAAUAUCGGGUGUAACCCUACAGGAUAUCCGACAAAAGAUUAUAUUAAUAGCCACAUUGAGGCGUACAUGAAUCCCAAUAUAACAACGUGGCAAUGGGAUAAACCCAAGAACUCGGAGUGGGAUGGCUGCUAGGCCCCAAUUUGCGCUCCUUCACUUAUUUCUCUCGUUUAAUGGAUUAUAGUCUGCUACGGACUGCAUUGUUUUCUUAUCGUCGUUUGCAUUAUUCUGACUUUCGCUUUCGCAUCUCGCAUUGUCGCAUCAUUUGUUGUACCAGAUUGAUACCUUACUCCAC